AUGACUUUCGAAGGUAAGGAAGGAACGAAGGAACAACUUGGAAAGCGCUAUGUGAUGCCACACAAUGCCAUCCCCCUUGCGACCGCCCUCAAUCAUCAUGUUCACAAACCACCAUAUCGAUAUCCAAUGCGCCUAUCUAUCACCAUCACAGUGCAGCCCGACCCUGUACGACCUUGUUCCUCCACCAUGAAAUCCGCACUCGAACAUGAAGAUUGCCAGGUGCUCCAUGGUCUACAGCACCGCUCCUCAGCCUCAGGGGGCAUUGUUGUGGAUGAUCAAGAAGAAGACCCUGCCGUGGGAGCGGCAGCGGCAGGUCAUACUGAAGAGGGCACGCAGUCAUUCGAACGUCCAACCCCAGCCCGAGGGACAGUUGAACGAUUCAUCGCCGAACGCAAAUCUAGACGUGCUUGGAUGUCUCCUGGUCUCCUCCGACAAAUCAUCCAACUUGUCUCCGUUGCCAGCUCCUGCGCCUUGCUCAUCCCUUACAUGCACCGCUCACGAAUGAAAAUGUCCGUCCAGUGCGAAACCUGCAAAGCCAAUGCCUUGGUCGAGUACGAGAAUAAUCUCACUCAAUGCGAAACGAUAGCGGGCGCAAACUUCAAUCCACGAGGCGGCACUGUUGGUCUGAAUUGGCGCGAGGUGUUUACGAUCAUGUGUUUGUCCUGCGCAUGGCAGUAUUUGACCUGGCUAUUUCAGGAUACGCUUUGUACCCGCAUCUUCUCUCCCAGCCGCGAAAAAAUGGAUUAA